UAAAAAUUUGUUUGGAGAGCAAAUUGAUCUAAGUAGCCAUUUGAUCCUUUUUGUGCGUAUAGAGAAACAGAAGCAGAAAUUGUAUCGAAGAGAACGUAAUGGGCGAAGCAUUGUUCGAUCUCGAACAACUUCUCAUGUCCAAAAAGGUACUUUUCUUUUCCCCCCAAUUCGUUACUUCUAGGGUUGUUCUUUCNNNCAAAUCAAAAGCUACGAGGGAUUUCACUGCUAGUUCACUUGUUGGGGGUGCUGCUGUAUGGGCAGCAACUGGGAAACUCCGAACAGCACUUCGAGUAAACCUUUCAGCAGGAGCUGGUGGUUUCCUUGGACUGUGGGUAUUCAGUAGAUCCUUGUAUUCUUCUGCUGAUCAUAUUCUUACUCUGGAUGGCAGUAUAUUACAGAAGGAGUUAGCAAAUAUACUGGUGACGAAGUACCAGAACAAUCCUUCGCUAAUGCAGCUUAUAUCUAAGCAUUUUUAUUCGGAGUGGAUUUUUGAUGAUUCAACCUCUAAUACUCCUAAAUUAAGGUGGCGAUACCGUAAUUUUUUUAGCGAUAAUGUAAUCAAUGGAAGCAGCAGCAGGACUCAGGAUUAUGGUUCAUAUGAUAAAUCGCAAGAAGACACUCAAAAUGAUUCCUACGAAAAAUCCCAAGGAUAUUCUGAAUCCUAUGAAAAAUCCCAAGGCAAGUCUGAAAAUAUCACUGACAGCAAAAGAACAACUCUUCAGACCAAGAAUUUUUUUACAAAUCCUGGUCCUGAUAUCGUGUCAGAGGUAGACCCUCUUGAUUGUCUUUUUGGCUAUGGUGCUCCAGUGGAGGAGAUUUUUCAUCCUAAUACCCCAAACAAACCAUCAGGGACGCAUCAUCGAGGGCAUAGAAGAUAUCGCCGUAGGCGUCGGAUGCGUGAUCUUGAUGACCUUUCCAACUCAGAGCAUGCAGCACCUGUUUGAAUGUCGCCAAAGAUUUGAGGAAGUCGAUGUUUUGGGCUUUUGUAAAAUGUGUGCUUUUACUUUUUUAGCAACAUUCACAUCAGAUACCAUUCUGCUAACAGUUUUACUGAACGGAAUAGGGUUCCUAGUGCGUUAAUAAUGAUAUUUGAUGUUUUUCUUUUUUACACAACGUGUGAUAUAUUUGAACAUAUGACACAUUAUUACGAAUAUGACUUUGUUUGAAUUCAUUAUGCUUUUCAUGAGUCAGAAAUGGAAUCCUUCAUUUAAUGAA